GUGAACAUCAUCAUCAGGAAGAACUCACUACAUACAUCUCAUGUCAUCGUCAGAGCCAGCACAAGACGGACCACCCAAGUUCAAACUAGCACAAGAGAGGGAACUAUACAAAUAUCUUAACCCCAACGAAGUUUUUCAACCUGGCCCAAGCGUCCCAACACCUGAGGAUGCACAGAAUCAACAUACUGCCUAUGUUCCCCGAUGCUCGCCAGAUACCGCCUUGACAGCCUUCGCCCAGUUAGGGGUUCUAAGGUUGAAGGCUCAACGUGCCUUGAUUUCGCUCUUCGGUCGGGACCAACAUUAUGUCCUGGCAGAGGCCACUCAAACACUCAGUCUUCAAGAUCAUACGGUGGAGAAUGAUCGAGAUGCCUUAUGGUUGGGUUGCUGCGCUGUCCCCUCGGGGGAUGGAAUAUGUCAACAAGUCGCUUCCCUACCGCGAUCGAAAUCAGAGGAAGACAAACAUGUGGUGGAAGGCGGCAUAUACAUGGUACCCGAUCUGCGCCAGUAUGAUCGGUUUAACCAGUUGAAUAUGGUCACCGGGUCUCCCAAAGCAAGGUUCUACGCAGGCGCCCCCAUCAUCAGUCCCAAAGGGAUCACCAUCGGAUCCUACUGCAUUAUCGAUGACGAGCCACGAUCCGGAUUGGACGCCCCGUCGAUAAAGUUCCUGCAAAAUAUGGCAUCGACUGUCAUGACGCACUUGGAGAUGGCCCGAUGCAAAGCGGAACAUCAUCGUGCGGAGAGAAUGAUUGUGGGGUUCGGAAGUUUUGUGGAGGGUAAGGCUACGCUUCGCAAGGAAUGGGUACAGGACACUGGACUACACCUGAAUGGUCAGCAACAUGACGAAGGCCAUCUGAAUAUCCUGCAGCAAAAUGCACAAAUCAAAUCCGGUCUGCUCACAACUGUCCAUACUCGCCCGUCAUCCCCGCCGCUGCAGUCACAAGCAUCUCCACGAAAUGGUUCUGAGCAAUUGGUAUCCCCCGACUUGUCUAGUGUACCCUCGCCGAGCCUCUCCCCGGGACCAUUUUCCUCGUCAACAACCCAGUCCGACAAGGGUUCAGACGCCAGUAUCGAUCAGAUAUCAAAUCUCAACAAAGCCGAAACACAAACUAGUUUCUCCAUCCGAAGCACGGCAUCGACCGAAAAUCUACAAGACGACAUGCUGUCUACCGGAGUUCGACAAGUCUUUUCGCGAGCAGCUAACAUCAUCCGGGAGUCGAUAGAAGUCGAAGGUGUCGCGUUCUUCGACGCGAGCAUCGGGUCUUAUGGUGGUCUCGUCAGCGACACGAAGCGAAAGGGCCCAGCCUCAGAUAGCGGUACUUUGGAAAGCUCCAUGGGCAGCAGCGACGAUAGCACCGGAUCUGAUUCUCAGAAAAGCUCUACCGCAUCAUCCGGGAAGGACACUAUCCCAGAGAAUACAACCUUGUGUGAAAUCUUAGGCUUCUCGACUUCGGCCACAUCCAGUAUCAAUGAUGAAUCAAAAGGAAGACUUGCCCUCCGGGAAGUAUUGUUGAAGACGCUUCUGCGGCGUUAUCCACAGGGCAAGAUUUUCAACUUCAGUGAAGAGGGAUCGAUGUCCUCGGAUGAAAGCAGUGAUGGACCCUGGAAUAGCUCGUUAGACCGUGAGGGUUCAAAUAUUGUCAACGCCGACCUCAUUGGUAAAAGAACAAGAGGAAGCCGGAAAAAGACGCGCAGCGCCACGCUCAAAGAGGAUGGAAAUAUCCUCAUUCGACUCUUCCCGGGAGCUCGCAGUAUCGCUCUCCUGCCGAUGUGGGAUUCCCACCGAGCUCGAUGGUUCUCAGGCGCUCUAGUAUGGACAAACACACCUCGACGCGUCUUCACGUCCGAGACUGAGCUCACGUACCUGUCGGCCUUUGGAAAUAGUAUCAUGGCGGAGGUGCAUCGUCUGGAUGUCGAGAUGUCGGAAAAUGCGAAAACAAAUCUGGUCAGCAGCAUCUCGCACGAGUUACGAAGUCCUCUCCAUGGCAUUCUUGGCACGUCAGAAAUACUUCGAGACACGGCGAUGAACGCACUUCAACACGGAUUGGUACACACUAUUGAAUCGUGUGGGCGGACAUUGUUGGAUACGAUCAACCAUUUGCUGGACUUUUCGAAGAUAAACAAUUUCCGAAAGGAAGGAGGCAACAAAGGCAUCCAAAAACGGAAAAUCCCUACAAGACGACACAAAACCACGGACCCAUCACCUCAUAGUAUGAAGCCUUCACGACGGACACGGCAUAGUGGGAUGAUUAGUCUGAAGUCUGAUAUUCAGCUGGAUGCCGUUCUGGAAGAGGUAAUGGAAAGUGUCUUUGCGGGCUAUAGUUUCUACCACACCCCACAAAGAUCAAUGACGAUAGACCGUCCGAACCCCAUGGCACUCGACGUAUUGGGGACUGUCCAGCAACCGAGUCAGGUCAGCAUCAUCCUGGAUAUCGACGAAGCUGCGGAGUGGAGAUUCUCCACCCAAAUAGGUGCCUGGCGCCGCAUCAUGAUGAACAUUUUCGGCAACGCCCUAAAGUACACCAACACUGGCUUUAUCUUAGUGAAGUUAACGGCAUCACCCGUCACUCCUACCAAAGACGCCGUGCCCGGAGGUCCUUCUGAUUUCAAGGUGACCCUGACGGUCAAGGACACGGGUAUCGGGAUGAGCAUGGAGUAUCUGCAGAAUAGUUUGUUCACUCCAUUCACACAAGAAGACCCCCUUGCCCCUGGAAACGGACUCGGGUUCAGCAUUGUUCACCAUGCGGUUUUGUCCAUGGGUGGUCAUAUCGAAGUCAGUUCACUCCGGGGUCGUGGUACUGAAGUCUCUAUUGAAGUUACUCUUACCCACGUGCCCGCUCAAAGUGCCAAAUUGAGUCCCUCCGAACCAGAGCCCAUUUUGAAAAUGAAACACAUUACACAUGGCGCGACCCUGGGACUCUUGGAGCUGGGAUCACCUGACAUAUCCGAUCGCGAUGCAAUUCUCUGUACCUCUUUGGAGAAAUUGUGCAAGAACUGGUUUGACAUGGAUGUACAUAUCCUGACUCCAACGGACGCUUCUUCCCCCUCAUGCGAUUUUUAUGUUGCAGUGCAGACUGAUGCCGAUUCAGUGAACACUUGGGAAUCGUGGUUGUCAAAAACCCAGAACCAUUCCCAUGGCAAUGUCAGGAAUCGAAGAAUUCCGAUUGUGGUGAUUUGUCGGUCGCCAGAGGCAGCACAUCUUAUGUUUGUUGCAGCAAAUCAAUCGAACCAAGAGGCUGUUGUCGAAUUUAUCAGCCAGCCAUGUGGCCCGCGCAAGUUGGCCAAAGCAUUUGACAUUUGCAUCAAGCGACAACAAGGUCAGGAACCUCCGACUGGAGGUGACUCUAAUAUUCAUCAACCUCGGGGAAAGAAAGCGUUCCAGUUGACGAACUCAUCUCCGGUUUCCAAGGAGGAUAUCGGAACACAACGUGAAGACGAUGAGAUUGAUUUCCAAAAACACAAAGCAGGAAAAAAGGCGAUAGAUGAUGAAUAUCGCAAGUUGGACGAAAUGGAAGACUCACGACAACCUGAGGACACUUAUGUUUCUCAAACUGAAAGUGAUGCCAUUACUUUGCCAAUCCGAGAAGGAUUGCCCAAGACAGAGGAGCCGACGCUCACAGUCUUGUUGGUUGAAGACAAUGAUAUUAAUUUGCAGAUAUUGGUUGCACAUAUGAAGAAAGAAGGAUACAGGUACACGAUUGCCCGCGAUGGUUUGGAGGCUUUCAACACCUUCAAGGCCCACCCUAGAAAGUUCGGAGUGGUCCUGAUGGAUAUCUCCAUGCCUAUAAUGAAUGGGUUCGAAUCUACUCGGCUUAUUCGCAAGGCCGAGCGAGAAUAUCAGAACACGCUCGAUAUUUCAGCGAAAGAAUCAUUCAAACCUGCGACUAUUGUCGCUAUGACCGGCCUUGCCAGUGCUAGUGCCCAAAACGAAGCUUAUGGGUCAGGAAUGGACCUCUUUUUAUCGAAACCGAUCCGACGAAAAGAAUUAUUCGCGGUAUUGAAUGAGAGAAGCCUAGGCGAGGUCAAGAAACCCUCUCAAUGAUAUGAUAUAACACAAUAAUGGCUGUCAUGAUGUAUUUUUUGUUGACAAGUAUAUAUAUACGAUUUUACUUGUUUUGUGUUUGUGUUUAUUUUUGGUUUCAAUUUUACCCUUGUACGCGGACUGAGACUAAGAACCAUGCCGGCCGCAAAAGUCCGGCGCACCUUGCCAUGAAGCAAGACAAAAACAUCAGAGUUUCCCGAUAUUUCCC